UUAUUUAAUUGUUCUUGUAUUUUUUGGGGGAAGGACAUAUUCACAUCUUCCCUUCUAACCCAAGCAUUCCAUUCAAAUUGUAACUAGUUCUAUCUAGCUACUGAUCCCAUACAGUUGGCUCUGAUAUCCAGGGUAAAAUUUAACAGUGAGAUGAGUGGACCCUGCCUGAAUGCUAUUCCUAUCUGGAGUUGACAAAUGCGUUUUAGGUUUUUGAAUUUCUGGGGAUAUGAUUUAGUUCUUCCCCUCCCAGUCCCACGAGUGCUCUCUCUUUCAAUGCUUACAUCCUCUUGCAUUGCCAAUUGGUUUCAGGAUCACAAUCGAUAUGGGCUUGCAGCGGCUUAAGUUUUAAAACUGUACAAUACAAUGCAAUGCUGGCGUCAUUGUUUCCAAUGGUUAUAAGCAUCGCGUUCCCUUUCCUCUGCGCCUUGAUUGGGACCACCCAACCUAUAAAGUCGAGCUGAUCUGCUCCUGAGCCGACACAGGAUCUCAGGCAGAAUGGCAGCUAGUUCAUUCAAAGUGCUGCUGCUCAUUUAUCUAACAUGUCCCGAACCUACCGGCGCACUAUCCGAAGCAGACAAGGAGGUUCUGCUUGAAGCACACAAUCAGUUUCGCUCUGAAGUACCUGAUGCAUCUAACAUGCUGAAAAUGAAUUGGGAUAAAGAUUUGGAAGAAAUCGCUAUUGAAUAUGCACAGAAAUGUAUCUGGGGACACAAUAAGGAAAGAGGAAGAACUGGGGAAAAUUUAUAUGCAGUUACUGGCCUACUCAAUAUAAAAGAAGCAGUGAAGAAAUGGUAUUUCGAAGUUAAAGAUUAUACAUAUGAGACAAUGGAGUGUACUCCAAACAAGCUAUGUGGUCACUACACACAGCUUGUUUGGGCAGACAGUGAUAAAGUGGGCUGUAGUAGUCACAUGUGUGAAGAAGUCCAAGGCCUGAAUCAUAAAAACCUGUCUCUUCUGGUCUGCAACUAUCUCCCUCCAGGCAAUGUAAUUGGAGAAAAACCAUAUAAGAAAGGAAUACCUUGCAGUGAAUGCCCAGAUGGAACUAAGUGCAUUGAUAUGCUUUGUACAUCUAUACUAGAGCCAGAACCAGAACCAGUCACAGAGGCAAAGCCUAAAAUGGAGGCAGAGGCAAAGCCACAGCCAAUCACAGAGUCAGAGGCAAAACUGGAGCCAAUCACUGAGUCACAUACAAAACCACAGCCAAUCACAGAGUCAGAAGCAAAACUGCAGCCAAUCACAGAGUCAGAGACCAAACUAGAGCCAACCCCAGAGUUAGAGACUAAACUGGAGCCAAAAAUAAAGCCAGGGACAACUCUGGAGCCAAAAGUAAAGCCAGGGACAACUCUGGAGCCAAAAGUAAAGCCAGGGACAACUUUGGAGCCUCAUACAGAGGAAAAGACCAUGCCAGAUCUAAAGAAUGACCCAGAGAUGAAAUGGACAGUGAUAUUCCAAGACCCAAAUUUUCUGCCUCAUUCAAAAUGUGAACAAGUAAACAAUGGGAAUUUGAUACUCUCCUCGUGUAUUCUGACAUUCAUCAUGUUAUUGGUUUUGUAUUUUGCACAAAUCUAGUGUCAAUGACCUUACUUCCAGUAAGAUUUACUGAGGCUCCCCCAGGAGAACACCAUCCUAGUAAAAGUUUGCAUCGUUGAAUACAUUGAUUCUAAAUAUACCAGCUAUAAAAUUUUUCAAACUGAAUUUAAAAUUCUUUCCAAUUUGUCUGAUUUCCAAAAUGUUUUAGCUUGAUCAGUUUCAUUACUGGGCCUUUAAAAAAAUACUUGAAUUAGUUUUAGGUUGUAACUUGAUGCUCAUGUUAAUCUUACCAUUGCUGUUCAGGUUGCACACUUGUUAACUUGUGAUCUAAGACCAAGUUUAAGAGCAACAGCUGAGAUGAGCUUUAAAUCCAAUGGAAAACCAGAAGAUAUAGUGAAACCAUAUUUUUGUUUUUUUCUGUUGCUUCUUGUUCUUCAUCUAAACAAAGUAAUGGAGUUAGCCUUUUAAAAAUAUAUCAAAUUCUCAUUAAAGCCUUUAAUGGUCUUAGUAAUAUUGAUGGGAACCUAUGCGACAUCAGAAACUGAGCAUCCACUUCAUCAAUCACCAUCAGGAACUUAAUUUACUGUUGUAUUAAACAGGACUGAUACUUCGGUUAGCUGAGCAGUGCUCAGUUCAAGGAUUCUUUAACAAAUGAGAAGAUCAAUAUUUCCAUGUUUUGCUUUGCUGUAUAUUUCACUCUCCCCUGAGCAAAACCAUCACUACCAGUUUAUGGUUGUUUAAGUAAAUUGUUAUAGCAGCAGCAACAAACUAUAUUUCUGUGGUGUUUCUAACUCAGUGUUAAAAUGCCUUUCAAUCUUUCCUUACCCAUGCCAAGUUCUUCUCCAGUCUUACAUCACUUUCCAUGCAGUGCAUGCACUUGGCAGGGCACACAUUCAAACUGCAAUUAGAAGGGAAAGACUUGCCACCCUUGCAUCUUCCUGGGUUGUGUUCAUGAAUACAGUGUUUUGUUGAAUUAAGUGACAAUUGCUAUAGUUUUAACAGCUUUGGGAUAGUAACAUCUGAAAUUGUGACCUGGUGAACUGUGUCCUUUCUGAAUACCCUCGCAAAGCUUACCUUCGUUAUUAACAAGCAGGCAGCCAGAUACAGCAUGUGGAUUGCUCAUGUCCAUUAUGUCUCUCAUUUUAUUCAGUGCAACUUCAGCCAUGAAAUAUUACACUUUAGGGCAAAAUCCUAGUUUAUAAUGAAUGUGCCCUAUACUGUGUUUUCAAGAUAAAUGCCCAAGAAAACAAACCAUAGCAAAUUGCAACACUAAAUUAAAAUAUUUCUUUCAUUCAAGCGUUCACUUGCUCACAAAGAUUUUUAUUCAGUAAGAACAAUGACAUUCCUGGAACUGAUUUCCAGGGGUAUUUAUUUCACUGUUGCAUAAAAUCGGCAUCUUAAUGAAGCAAAGACAUGAAAACUAUGCAACCAGCGCAGCACAAUGUACAAAGCAUUGCAAGGCACUUAAGAAAUGAAUGACUGGCAUCCUUUCAGUUCUGCCAUAGCCCAUCUGCGCAUUGCUGUAUUGAUGCACAGUGCAACAGAAUCCACUGUUCAAAUGAAGAAAAUGGCAGGAUGAAUACCUCAAUUGAAAGAAAAGUGAACAACAGAAUCAAUUAUCUAGCAUUAGUAUCUUCGAUCUUGGUAGAUAUAGACAGGAAAAUAUAGACUUUAUCACUGGAAAUGUGAUCAGGAGCACAAAGGGAUUUUCAAAAAUCUUGAACUGGAAUCCUGAUUUCGGUGGUUAAAAGGUGCAGCCUGUGUCUUAACAGAUGCUUUAAGCCAACAAGAAUGGCAAGACAUCCAUUUAUAAAAUGUAGCACAAAUGAUUGCAAAGUUGCAGAAAAUUGUAUCUGAAUUCUGUUCAGUUUGACUCUUGUAAUCUCAUCAAGUAUUUUAAAUGAAUUGUUGCUAUCAUAGAGUCAUAGAGAUGUACAGGACAGAAACAGACCCUUCAGUCCAACUUGUCCAUGCCGACCAGAUAUCCC